UGUGCGAAUAUAAAACCAACUUUACCCAAGUGUUUUGCCUGACUUCUUAAUGGUUAUAAGAGACUUUAUUUUGAAUAAAACCUUGAAAAAGAGAUUCUGUGUUUGUGAGUUCUGGGAGUGCCGACAGAACCAACACUCUCAUCUUUGGCCUUGUUCUUCCGUAGUGAUUCGUUAAUUUUUUUUUUUUUAUUAUUAUUAUUAUUAUUUAUUUUUUAUUUUUUUUUAUUUCUAUGUGUUACUCUCCUGCCUCGCCCAGACAAAUUGGGAUGUAACAAUUUCUGGUAGGAACGAGUCAUUUCAAGAUUAAUCAAAAAGUAGUCCGAUUAUAUUACCUAAAAUGUGCAAUGUAAUGGGUUAUGUUACAAACUACAACUUUUAUUGUAUUCAGUAAUGGACUACAAUUUGUAAGUAAUCUACCCAGCAAUGUUUAUAAGUAUUUUUUAUUUUUUUUAUGCAGAGAUUGUUUUAAGACAACAAAAUGCAAAGUCCUGGAAAAGUCACCUCGGAUGUAAAAUUGUAAAAUGCUUUUAAUCUUUCAACACUGAUGCACAAUGCAAAUGAUCCCAUCUGUCGUAGCUUGAAAUUUUGCCUUUGGGUUGCCAAGCUAAAAUUAACCCAUUGUCAAUUUUUAAAUACCUUUUACCUAAAAGCGCCCUGAAGGCUGAACCACUCCCAUCUACUGAGUAUAAACCCAAAACCACCACCUGCAACGCUCAUCCUAAAUCUAGAAUCCACCUGUGCAUCAGCCCAUCAUCCUUCUGAGUGGCCGACAACAUGAGCUUUACGAUCCCGUCAUCGUUACAGUCAAGCUUCAAGACCAACUCCGACUUUAAAAUUCCUUAUGUGGGCCCAAUUUCAGGAGGACUGAGAGAAGACAUGGCCUUGUACUUGCAGGGAGUCCCUACUAAUGCUGACGAGUUUGGAGUAAAGUUCAAGACUUCGUCUGAUGAGUGGCGUGAUAUAUCUUUUGACUUUAAAGACCCCUUAAAGGGACAAGCUUUUGAGAUGUUCACUGUCAUCAAAUCCGAAGGAUAUCAGGUAUACAUAAAUGGCAAGGAGCUUCACACGUUUGAUCACUGUAGGCCGCUGGAAAAAGUGUUAGAAUUAAAAAUCUAUGGAGAUGUUGCCAUGAAUCUUUUUGGAUUCAUAAAUAACUGGAGCACAUCCUCAUCCACCAUACAGUAGGAGAUCUUGCAGCCAGUCCAAAAUUCUGGUAUGUGAACAGGAGCGUUUCUGUGGCUGCGUUCUCAGAGAAUAACGUGAAAAUCAUGCAUGUCUUCAUCCUGAUAUUCACUCCUCAAGCAAAUCAUUGAUUUUAAUCUAACACAUUAUAACCAAUCAAGGUCACUGCUUAUAUUGCAAUGAAAGCAAAUGCAUUUAAUUUUCUUAAACCACACUGCUCUAUGUUGGGAGUUUUGGGUCACAAUACAAACACAUUUUAGAAAAAGCUCUGUCACCAUAUGGAUAUAUAGACACCUGUAAUGCAUUAUAUUAAUUUGAGGGGGUUUUCUUUGAUUCUUAAGCAAACUGAAAUCUAAUGGUAAUCUUAUUUGGAUUUUUUUAUGCAAACUCAAUGACUGUUUUUGGCAAACCAUUCUGAAAGUAAAUCUUGAGAUACAACAAUAAAAGCUUUUCAGUUCA